UGUGUUUAUCUGCGCAGGCGUGUGCUGUCUGCGCAGGCGUGUGCUGGUCUGUGCAGGCGUGUGUUUAUCUGCGCAGGCGUGUGUUUAACACCUGCUUUCCAGAUCCCCCCGGAAGCGUUUGCAGGGACAGGCUGCAGACUCCUCUCUUGGGAUCAAUGGGUGCUCUGAAUGGCGUUUCAGCUAAGAAGAAGAAUAAGAAGGGGAAGACCCUGACCCUCACCGACUUCCUGGCAGAGGACAGCGGGGGCAACGCCCCCCCAAGCUACCCCUCCGCCAAGCCUACCAGCUGGGCCGAUGAGACAGACGACCUGGAAGGAGAUGUCUCCACUUCCUGGCACACAGAGGACGAUAUGUAUCGGGCCCCGCCCAUCGACCGCUCAAUCCUGCCGACCGCGCCGCGAGCCGCCAGGGAGCCCAACGUGGACCGGUCCCGCCUGCCCCGCAGCCCCCCCUACACCGCCUUCCUGGGGAACCUCCCCUAUGAUGUCACAGAGGACUCCAUCAAGGACUUCUUCCGUGGACUGAGUAUAAGCGCUGUGCGUCUGCCGCGGGAGCCCAGUAACCCCGAGCGACUGAAGGGCUUUGGAUACGCCGAGUUCGACGAUGUGGACUCCCUGCUGCGGGCCCUCAGCCUCAACGAGGAGAACCUGGGAAACCGACGGAUCCGUGUGGACAUUGCAGACCAGUCUAACGAGAAAGAGAGAGACGACCGGUCCAUGUCCGGGCGGGACCGCAACCGCGGCGACGGCGGCCCCGACAAGACAGACUCGGACUGGCGGGCGCGGCCGACCGGGGAGACCGACGACGGCCCGCGGAGGGACGACGCCUUCGGGGAGCGGUCUCGGGAUCGCUACGAGUCAGACCGCUUCCGCGACGGCCCCCGCCGGGACACCGACCGCUACGACGGCGGCGGCGGCGGCGGAGGCGGCGGCAGGGACCGCUACCGCGAGCGGUACGACGACCGGGACCGCAGAGACUACGACCGAGGAGGCUUUGAUUCCCGCGGCGGCGGGCGGCGCCCGUUCGGCAGCGGGUUCCGGCGCGACUACGAUGACCGGCGCGACGAGUAUCGGGGCAGCGGGGACCGAUUCGGCGAUCGCUACGGCGAACGCGAGGACCGGUACGAGAAGCGGGAGGAGAGGCGCGAGGAAAGAGGCCCUCUUCAGAGGCCCAAACUGAACCUGAAGCCCCGGAGUGUGCCCAAGGAGGACGAGCAGGGAGGCCCGCCCUCCUCCCAGACCGGUCGGGCCGCUUCCAUCUUUGGCGGGGCCAAGCCCGUGGACACGGCCGCCAAGGAGCGCGAGGUGGAGGAGCGCCUGAAGAAGGAGCAGGAGAAGCUCCAGAGGCAGCUGGAUGACGACAAGGGCCGGGGGCCAGAGCGCAAGCCCAGGGAGAGGCACCCCAGCUGGCGUAAUGAAGACCAGCCUGCGGAGCGCUCUCGGACAGGAAGCGAGUCAUCGCAACCGGGAAGCACUUCCGGCAGGGGGUCUCGGCGCAGAGAGAGUGAGCGCUCCGUGGAGAACGAGGUGUUCAGCGGUCGCGAGGACGACCCACCGUCUCCCGGGACACGGGCCCCGCCCCCCAGGCAGGAGGCCUUGCCCCUGAAGGUGGUGCCGGCGCCACCCCCCAAGGAGAACGCCUGGGCCAAGCGCAGCGCCAUCAGCGGGAGCUCCACCGACGGGGAGAGCCGAUCCCCCGUCUCCCCCAGCGGCGCCAACCCCCCGAAGCUCAGCAGCUCAAGCUCAGUGGAGGAAAAGGGCUCUCAGAAGGGCAUAGAUGAGAACAAGGCGGACGGCGUGCGCCGGGACCGGGGCCCCCCGCGGGGCAGGGGCGGGGCGGCGGGUCCCGGCACGGGCAGGGGGCGAGGAGACGCGGCCAGCAGAGACCGGCGAAAGGAGGCAGACAGAAAGGACGGAAGAAGAGAACGAGACUCCAGACCAGCAACAGAGCCAAAGAAAUAUGAAGAGUCUCCCAGCCCUACAUUCAGCUCCGCCAGUAAAUACGCAGCCUUGCUAAUGGACGGCGACCAAGGAGACGAAGCGGAGGAGAACGUCGAGUAAAAAGCCGAAAAGCAAGAAAGCGAACGAAUGAAAAGGAAGCUCAUCAGAAUUAAAUCAGCUCUCCACAGCGGAGCAGAAGCAGAACCCCGCUCCCCAUCCCCAACCGCAAACCCUACCCCACCCCCCCACCCCAC